AAAAUUCUCUCUCUGCUGUCUUAAAUUGAUUUGAAAUGUCAAGUGGCUUAUAGGCUAAAAGGCCUUGAACAUUUUAGCAUUUCCACUGAAGCUCUGUGCCAGUAAUUAUGCUGUUUUAUUAGGUUUUCUCCCCGCUUUGUAGGCAGCUCCAAAUGUGUUUUCAGUUUUUCUCUGGGCUUUGAGACAAGAGGAUUCAAAUGGCCCGAGAGUUUAAUGAACUGGUUGCAUAAAAACAUUAGUCACUUGGCUGCACAGUUUCCCCACCUGCUCCCCUGAGAGAUGCGGCAGAGAGUGACAUCUGAAACAACGGCUUCAGUCCCAUUUACAAAGACAGUAAAACAGUCAAUCGGUCCGAGGAGCUGCUAAAACAUGACUGUGCCCUUGAAGCUCGGGCUGACGCUCUUGUCUUUUUAUUGAUCCUAUAAUUCACCUCUGACAUCCUGUUGAUUUAUCACACUUAGAAAGGGACGGGAUGGACGAUAUAACUGAUGUGUUUAGCAUGAAGGAGGGGUUCAACAGGCUAGUCCAGGAAGUAUAUAACCCAGUUAGGACCAACAGAGCAUGAACAAGUCUCCUUUCCACCUGCAGAGCUCUGUGCGGGUCAGAACCUCGUCCAACAUCAGCAUCCUUCAGUGAUGAAGUGCAACUAUCUUCUGUCCUGGGCCUUCCUCCUCCUGGCUUCUGGUCCCCUGCUGGCCCACCCCAUCACAGAAUCUGCUGAGAUGCCUUACCCGGGACCUGUGUCCGUGGAGGAGCGAGGGGUCAGCUCUCUGGAUGAUCUGUCCCUCUCUGAGCAGACCUUCCCACUGCAGGAUGCCAGUUUCAGAUAUCCCACAUUGAUGUCUGCAGAGAUCAACAGAGAUGGUUCCAGAACGAGUGGCCUGCUCCCUCGGGGGAUGAAAAGAGAGGUCCUUCUGGAGAAACAAAGUCUCUUAAAUCCUUUCAGCCGUGUGCUCGGCAUCCGGAAGCAGUUCAGGAAGAGAGGAGGCAACUCUGAGUGUUUCUGGAAGUACUGUGUUUAAAAUCUGGAGAUGGGCAUUGAUACUACACAGGAGACAGGGCUUGCACUAAAAAAAAAAAAAUCUAUACUGCACUCUUUGUAAGUACAUGCAAAAAAAACAAAAAAAAAAACAUGCAUACUUAUAUUUAAUGUGUGCAUCAGGGUGCAUGUACUCACACUUACUGUACAUGACAGUAUUUGCUAAAAAAAACAAAAAAAAACAAUCUAUCAGAGGUAUGAUUGAGACAUUUUGCCUGAAGAUAUUAAGAUGAUUCAUCAAGAAGACUUUGUGUUGUGUGAUACUAUAUUUAUGUUUCAAUUUGUAUGACCUGUUGUUAAAGGUAAUAGAGCAUUGUAUGUUCAAUAGAAAUAAAGUUACAU